GGUGGCUGAGAGUUUGCUUUGCUUUAGUUUCAAUUUCAAUUUCAACAUGAAGCAGUUCGCAUUGUUUGGCAUACUUUUCCUCAUCCUGGCCUUGGGACUGUCUGAGUGGCCCCAGCAGGUGUCUGCCGUGUCCCUGGCCCAGAGUGGUCCGCCGCAAUCCCAGAAUGGUCCGAAAGGCCCACCGAAUGGUGGAAACGGCAAUCAGCAAAGUGGACAAGGCCAAAACGGGCAAAGUGGUUAACAAAAAAAUAAGUAGAAUGCUGUCCGCUGCAAUGCUUCGAUUUAAUAAAUAGUUUCAACUGCAAAAAUACAA